UUUUUAACCUUACAAGCUGAAGUGGCGUUAGCCGCGGCGCUUUACGGAAAAAGACGAGUUUUUACCACGCGAAUCGGCUUCGCACGGAGACACCCGAGGAGUCCCACCGCGUGCCACCCCUCCAGAGGCCGGUGGGGCGGGCAGGACCCGUUCGCAGGCCCCACGCUUCUGAUGGUGCCCGCGGUGGCCACGGCUCCCCUUGCUGCACAGCGCGGGAAACUGAGGCACAGCAGAGAGCCGAAGAUCCAAACGUUUUUGCGGAAGAAACUCCAGAUAUCCCCGGCCAGCCUGGCCGCCCGACGGCUCACGCGAGGGUCUUCUUGCUUUGGGAUCAGCCUUGUAACCGCUGCUCGGUCCUUCGAGGGACAUCAGCUGGACGCCGAGGUCGCUCUAGCUGCAACGAGCAGCCUAACGCGCUCAUUAAAGGCGGCGAUGAUACCUGCAACGCAGCGGCGGGUGGCCAGCGCACAGCGGGGACACGUUCGAGCCGGUGUCUUGCAGGACGAGAAAGCAAUUUUGAUCACGCUCUGCUGCGAGAUUCGAGUUUCUGGGUCUGGAAAGAGCACCCAUAAGGAAGGGCGAUUCCUCUUUCCGCAUCCAGGUCCCCCGAUCUUUGGCUCCAAGCCUGGAGCAACCCAAGCGCUUCUCCACCAUACUCAAACGCCGCAAGAGUCAAGGGCAGAUCAGCCGGUCCCGGAUGGGGGUCACCCCACGCCCUCCGCAGCGCUCGGGAGGGACGGCUCCGCGCGUCCGUCCCCGGCUGGGUCCCGUUCGAACGCCUGCGGAGGAACCCGCCCUUCCCGGCCGCUCUCCGAGCAGGGAGACGACGACGAUGCCACCAGCCAGGACCCGACGCGGGAUGCAGCAGAGUACGAUUUUACCGUCCAAACUGAGCAAUGGCCAGAAAGUAAACAAGAUUACAGAGGUGGCAGGAUUUUAAGAGAUAUUAUUAGCCUGACAGCAAGCUAUUAA